CCCGGGCAGUGUGAGUGCCACUGAAAAUCAGCUUGCGUGCCGCCUUCAGCACCCGUGCCAUAGGUUGCCUACCCCUGGAUUAUACCACGCAUGACGUCCUUCUCCUACCCACUCUAAUUCCCAGUUAUUCAGGCCUGGUGCUCUUUUGCAGAGUUAGCUGACAUGGUCAUCUUCUGCAUCAUGUCAGCUAGUCAUGGCCAAGUCUUGUCUCAGCUAGGUUUGACAUUGUCAUCUAAUUAGAUUCCUCGCAAUUUUAUUACAAAUACUAAGAUUUCCUAGUGAUGGUAAGCUGCGUGUGAAAUAUGUUCUUGGAAAAUCUUUGGCUAAUGUAUCUCAAUAAGAAAGUGAACUUUUUAAAAUCAGUUGAAUAAAGAUUCUCUAAAUUUCUUAUAUUACACAGCAAAGCUCUCCUCAGCCAUGGUAAUUAUGCUUUGAGACGCUACUUCUGAUAAAUCAACUACACUUCCUUUUACGUAAUUGUGGUAAUCAUCUAUUUAGAUUUUUUCCAACUUCCCUAUUUGGUGUAAAAUAUUUUCUCUUUCAUUAUUCGUUUGUGGCUUAAAACCACAUUGCUAAUACAAUCCAAAAUGUGAUCACCUUGGAAAAAUGUAACAGUAGAUGCAGAAUUUCCCCUUCUUCCCAUAACUUUAUUACAAAGAUAGCUAGCAUAAAUUCAGUAAAAUAUCAAAUUAAGUGUACAGAGAAUUUGAGGAAAUGUAACAAAAAAAAACACCCCCCCCAAUAAUCAUGUGGCUCGUGAUGACUAAGUCUAACUUUGUUCCUCUUUCCUGAAAACAAAGUGUUCAAGUAAAAUAUUCACCCAGAUAGUACCCCCUUUAUUUUUGAAAGGCUUGAAGAUAUACAAGCAUGUUUCAGCUUGUUUUUUUCAUUCUGUUUACUUCUGGAUUCACUGAAUCACAAGGAAAAAAAGUGCUUUGCAGCUCCUCAGAUGUAGAAAUAUCGCAUUCCUUUUGCGAUUCUAUGGACCAUGUUUUGUUCCUUAGUAUAGUCCCUUGUUCCUUUAGCGAAAGUCGUUGGAAAGUUACUCUUUUAUGGAUUCCAAGGAGUGAUAUCAUCUUUUUGGAGAGCAGCAUCCAUGUAUGGUAUGAUGCUGCAAAUUUAUUAGAAUGGAAAAAUGUUAUUUGCAGUGGAUUUGAUGAUGACUAUUCAUUUUGUGGAACUCUGAAGGGAGAGACGCUCAAUACAACAUUUGAAUUUAGCGGUUUAAAGAUGAAAUUGCCGAAGGAAUGACUGUAUUUGAGCGGGAAUAUAUACGAUUUUUUUAAGAUUAUUAUCUGGUCCUUCUGAGAAGAACUUGCUCCUGUGUACGAAUGUCACCUUGUUAAUAAAAUAGCACGGUUAAGGAAUUUCUGAAUAAGAUGAUUGUUUCAAUUCAUUGAGGAACACAACUGCUGCUGCCAGGAACUGGAAUUUUAUCACUGAAAUAAUAAACAGACUGAUUUUGCAUGGGUAAGAAUGCAAAAUGCACUUUACUGUACGCAUAAUUAUAAGGAAGAGGAAUAGUCUCAUCCAUUCAUAUACUUGCUAUAAUCAAAUGGCCAGCCAAUUUGUGCAAAAUUUCUAUGUGAAACUUAGGUACAAAUGCAUACUGUUUAAUCUACAGAAUGACCCUGAAAUGGUGUCGUAGUUACAACUGUAUUUCAAUUCUACCUCUUGUGUUAUGCAGAAUGUGUGUAUUUCAGAUUCUGCUAAGCUAAGACAAGAAUGUUUGCCAGAAUUUAUUUGAUAUAAAAGAAAA